AUGGAUGAAAUUGUUUAUUUGUCAAACAGACAUCCUGCCACUCAUCAUCGGGGUUGUCGCAGACCAGACGGUUCAUGUCGAGCUCGCUUUCCUCGGGACAUUGUAGACCAUACCACAGUGAGCCCAGAUGAUGGUUCAAUAUCUGUCAAACACACUGAGCCAUAUUUCAAUAAAACAAACCGUUUGCUCUCGUACUUAUUUCGAUGCAAUACCGAUGUUACGUCUGUUUUGUCCGGUACCCAACUGCGUGCCCUUCCAGCAUAUAUUACUGACUAUGUAACUAAGUCAUCUUUGAAAACACAUGCUGUGUUUGAGUCAGUCAAAGCAGUGCUAGACCGACGCACUGAGUUGAUUCAGACGGGUCCAAUUCCUACCAACAGUGGACGGAGCUUGAUUGUAAAGAUGGUUAAUUCUUUGUCCGCAAAGCAGGAAAUAGGAGGGCCCAUGGUUUGCCAGUACUUACUGGGACAGCCUGACCAUUACACAAAUAUGAACUUUCGGGUGGUAUUUUGGGUGCCAUAUGUGGGGAUGGUGUCUGCAGCAUGGCAAGAGGGUGCUACAGAAAAUGAUUCUCCUACCUCGAAAGACCAAGUAGUUGUUGGCCGCUCCGAUGGUAAGGUAGUACCAGUCAACCGCUCACAUGACUGGGUUUACCGUCCAUCUGCAUUUGACAAUUAUUCGUUAGUGCAAUACUUACAAGAAACAGAAGUGAAAUCCCUUACUCCCAGGCAGAAGCAACAAAUUGUAGAUGGCAGCCUAAGCAUGCCUUCAGGCCCCGUUGACUUUACCCGUACUGUUGACUCUGACGGUGAUUAUUCUGCAGAUGAGGAGGAGUCAUCGGAACGGACUAGCUGCCCGUUUUAUUUGUUUGACUCUGAGCAUCCCCGUUACCGCUCUCACGCUGUUUUUGUGCGGAAAAAGGGCACAUGUACGGUGCUCAACUUUGUUUCUGGCUUACCACGGAGGGACAAAGGUGAUCGUGAAUUUUACUGUAAGACAAUGCUGACCUUUUUUGCUCCGGGAUGGCGAACAGGUAUGGAACUAAGGUAUGCCUCAGAAACAUGGGAUGCGGCCUUUCGUCGCCAGGUUGACAGCUUCUCAGCUUCUGCCAGACUGAUGAUGGACAGAUUCGACAUAUUGUAUCAGUGUUAUGAUGCCAAAGAUGAUUACGCAGCUUUACGACGUGCUGAAACCAGUUCAGAUAUGCCAGAUUUGGAUGAGACUAUAGAAUCACUGGGUGUAACAGUGGCAGAGCAAUAUCAACAUGUGCACCUUGAAGGUAUUACACAGGAACAAAUCCUUGAUAUGCUGCAUGAUCCGCUAUGUGUGGAUAACCGUAUCCUCAAAAAAUGGUGA